CAGGCCCGGACAAGGGGCACCUCGCUUCUCUCCUGCACUCACGGACACAGCCCACAGCGCCUGCCAUGGACAGGUGGUACCUGGGCGGCAGCCCCAAGGGGGACGUGGACCCAUUCCACUACGACUAUGAGACCGUCCGAAAUGGGGGCCUGAUAUUCGCUGGCUUGGCCUUCGUCGUGGGGCUCCUCAUCAUUCUCAGCAAAAGAUUCCGCUGUGGGGGCAAUAAGAAGCGCAGGCAAGCCAAUGAAGAUGAGCUGUAACAGCAGAGUCAGCUGUGCCCUUUGGCAUCUUUUUCGUCUCCCCUGGGCUGCAGACUUUUGUCCCCGUUGCCGAAGGAAGCGCCAGG